AUGCUCACGAUCAUCGCCCCGCGCCCGACGCCGCCCUCGCCCCACAAGCGCGUCCCGCACUCGGCACACCCCUCCUCCACCAAUUUCGCCCGCUCCCCCGCCCGGCUGCACUCCCCGACACCCUCGGCCGCCACCGUCCUCGUCGACUCUGAAAGCGCGACAAACAUGCCGAGCACGGCCGACAACGAGAUGCGCCGCACGCGCGGACAGAUUCUCCGUAUGGAUGCCCAGGAUGGGCCCUGGGCCAUCUCCGUCGCCGAGAACCCGCACGAUGCCACAUACACUUGCUACGUCAAGACGCCGACCCAUAAUCUCACGCUCACGCGCAGCGCGCGCGAGCUCGCCGAAUUAGACGCCAAGCUGCGUGAUGCGCCCGGUGCGCGCGUCCCAGCGCUGCCGCCGCUGCCGGCGGCACCCAAACGGAAGAGCGCCUUCCUCAAUACCCUCUCGCGCCUCGCUUCUCCGGCACGUGCGCGCUCCCCGCCGCCGGCGUCGCGUUCGCCGAGUGUCGCCGCCACGCCGCGCCAAGAGACCGGCGAUCCGUUCAUGGCGUCGGGCCCGAAUACCUCGACCGCGUCGUCCGUCCCGCCCUCUGACGCCGAAUCCGACGACGAAGAGGCAGCUCCACCGUCACCCGCGGCGACGGGUCUCGCAUCAUACCUGACGACCGUCGCGAACGACCAACUUCUGCGCGCUUCGCGACCGUGGAAACGGUUCGUCCGCGUGCGCGCGGACGAUCUCGCGAGCGUCAGGGUGGAGAGGGCCAUCAAGCGCGUGAGGAGCGAUCUGGCGGGACACAAGGGCAUGCAGAGCGUCCAUGCGCUCACGGAGCAGCCCAGCGCGCCGGACCUGCAGAGGCGCGAGAGCAGGUUCAAGGAGAACAUUGAUCGCGCGAGCACGGACUCGAGCGCCAAAUCCGGCAACGACGUCAUUGAUGUCGAGAUGGCGGGGCCGCCGGAGGACGAGGACGUCACGCUCGAAGGGCCAGUUGAUGAGGCGCCUAUGGACGAGGAUGAGCCCGAACGCGCGCCCACGCCCCGCUCGCCGCUGCCUGUCGGCCAGCAGGAGCAGCCGAUCCCGUCUACGCCUGGCACGGCCGUCCCGCCCGCACUCAAAGCGCCCAUCCCGCGUCUGCCCAAGGAUGAAUCGCAGGAUAGCGCGCCGUCUACGCCUGUCGCUGAGCAUCCUGCCGCCCGCAUUCCGCGCAGUAUGAGUGCUGAUCCGGACAAGGCCGCACGGAUGUCUCGCCUUUUCGCGCCCUCGUCCGCGAGCGAGAGCAGCGCGGCUGGAACGGCGAGUGCGACGGAGACCGAAGACGACUCUGUAUCGCUCGGCUCAUCGAACGCCGUGCCGAAGAAGAAGAAAGUCAAAGGCCGCUCCAAAUCCGUCGACCCCGCCAAGCUCAAGGCCAAAGCCGAGUCCAAGCGCAAAGUCAGCGUCGCGGACUUCGAGAUGAUGCGCGUGCUCGGCAAGGGCUGCGCGGGCAAGGUCCUGCUCGUCAAGUACCGCCGGCCCGAGGGCGGGCUGUUCGCGCUCAAGGCGAUCACGAAGCGACAUGUGCUCGCGCAUCAGGAGCUACAGCAUACGCUGACGGAGCAGGCCGUGCUGAGGCGGAUGGCGGCGGAGGGCCGCGAUCCGUUCGUCGUAAGGCUGCACUACUCGUUCCACGACCGCGAGAAUCUGUUCCUCGUCAUGGACUUCCAUCCCGGCGGAGACCUCGCGACGCAGCUCGCGCGCUGGGGGAGGCUCGGACGCGAUAGGGCGCGGUUCUAUGCCGCGGAGAUUGUCGAGGGUGUCGAGGGUUUGCAUGCGGCCGGCGUCAUAUACCGCGAUCUGAAGCCCGAGAACAUCCUCAUCGCCGCGGACGGACAUAUCGUGUUGACGGACUUUGGACUGUCGAAGGAGUUCCCACGCUCAAGGCCUGGCGCGCCGAACGGUACAAACGGCGCCGUCCCGCCCGUGCCGUACUGGAUGACGGACGAAGGCGCCGCCCUCGGCGCACGCCAGACCGACCAGACCAGCACCUUCUGCGGUACGGCCGAGUACCUCGCGCCCGAGGUCAUCCAGGGCCUGCCGUACUCGUACGAGGUCGACUGGUGGAGCUUCGGGACGAUGCUGUACGAGAUGUUGACGGGCAUCACGCCGUUCUGGGCGGACAAUCAUAGCGAUAUGUAUGUGAGGGUGUUGCAGGAUGAGCUGCAGUUCCCGGAUGAUAGGGCGAUGGAUCAGGAUACGAAGAGUUUGAUUCGCGGGCUUUUACAGCGGAAUCCUGCGUUAAGGAUUAGCGAGCCGAGGAUCAAGCGUCACCCAUACUUCUCGAUGAUUGACUGGUCCCACGUCUACUUCAAACGCUACAUCCCUCCCUACAUCCCUCCCAUCGACCCCCAGAACGCAUCCGACACCCAGAACUUCGACGACACCUUCCUCGACAUGGAGCCCGUCAUCAACGACGGUCUCGAAGACGAAGACGGUGGGGCUGGUACGGGAACCGGCACGGACACUGACGCCGAGAGCGCCGCGACGCCCAGCCAGAGCCGCUCUUCGAGCGCCGUGCGCCCUGCCGCAGACCAAGCGGACGACGACGUGUUCGAUGGGUACUCGUUCAAGGGACGCCACAGUGUCAUCAUCGAUGACGAUGCUGAGGAGGAAGAGGAAGAGAGCGAAGAGGAGGACGAGGAAGAGGCGCAGGGCACGCGGGAUAUUCUCGCGCAGCUCAAUGGCGAGAAGCCGGGAGAGGAAGAGCCGAAGACGCCUGAGGCAAGGAGGAGGGAGUUGCCUGAGCCCGUUGUGGAGGUUGAGGAGCCUACGGAGGAGCCCGCGACCCAGCCAGCUGCUACAGAGGAGGCUGCACCCGCUCCAGAAGAGCCGAAGACCGCCAAGAUCGAGACGAAGGAGCCAGCACCGCGCAAGAGCGGUGAUCGCCCGCCAUUGGAACCGUCAAAGUCUACACUCGUCGUCGCGAAGGCCGCCGCACUCGCGUCCGCCGGACCAGACGUACACAAGAAGGAGAUCAAAGCCGUCAAGCCUGGCCGCGCGCGCCGCGAGAAGUCCGGUGUGCCGGCUCUGGACGCCGAUCUGCCCAGCGAGGCGGAGGACCGGGACGAGGAAGACGAUGAUUGGGACUUCUUGGACGAUGCGGGCGGUGUUGGGUCGGGCAACCGUGUCGAGGAGCGUAAUGGCGCGCGCGGGACGAGUUUGUUUGCACGGGGUGUCGUCGAUCGGUACAGGCUCGCGGUGUUCAGGAAGGGCUCGACGCCUGGACGCAAUGGGCAUGGUCCAACGAGUGCGACGAGCGAGCAUCCGCCUGCGAGUCUGGGUAGCCCUGCGCCGAAGGAGAAGGAGAAGUCGCGUGGGCGCGCUGGACUGCCGUUCCGCAGAAUCCGUGCGAAGAGCCCGACGGCGCGCAAGGCGAGCGAGCCUGGUAGUCUGAGCCGACCUACGACGCCGAAGCUGUCGAACAAGACGAGCACGAGCCUCAGUAUGCCAGGUUCGAGUACCGUCGGGAGCAGGAGAAGCGUGGCACACAGCGCGAGCGGGACACCCAGUACCGCCAGCCGUGCCGGCGCGAGCCGCGCAGGGACGGCCGAGCCCAGUCUUCGGAGCAAGAUGAGCGAGACGAGCUUCAACGGCCCACCGAGUGGCUCGUCCGACGCGAGCCUUACAGAGGACGGCGCGACGGCGCAUACGCCCGGAAGCGGCACGCUCAGUCCAACGGCCGAAGAGGGCGAGCUCGCCGACGAGGAGGUCGAGCCCGAGAAGCAGAAGAACAAGAAGCUGAAGAAGUACAAGGAGGGCGCGGAGAAGGUACUCUCGCUGUUCGCGUCGCCGAAACAUCCAGCGCAUCAUCAGGCGCACCAGUAG